UGCAAAAUUUCUAAGAUGCAAUUAUAUUGAUCAUUGAACAUGUUCUUUCAUUGCGUUCCAGGUAAUAAGCGACUGAAAGGGUUAUCAGCGUCUACUCUUCGAGUUUGCGGACUAUGCGAAGAACACUUUGAACCGAGCUGUUUCAUUGGUCCGAAGCGCCGUUUGACUCAUGAUGCGGUUCCAAAGAUAUUCAUCGAGAAUGAAGAUGUUUGGCCGGAAACAUCAGACGCAAAUGUCACAAAGGAAGUCGGAGAACUGCAUGUGACAUUUGAAAGAGACGAGACUCCGGUCAAUACAGCUACUGGUGCAUCUAUCAGUACUGCCGCGACGGCGGAGUUUUCAGGUACGAAGCAUGUUCGCACAUAUAGGAGAGUCGCAGUAAACUUUUCUGAAUCAGAAGAUGAAAAUUGUGCGUGGACAAAGAUCGAACCGCCGGCGCAUUCGACUGUCCCAUCCUGCGAACCUUCUACU